UCAUGCAAAUAAGAAAUUCAUUCUCUCAUCAAUUUUUGGUGUGUGUGAACGUCAAAUGUCAAAAUAAAAGAAAACUUUUUGUAUUUCCUGGAAAAUUAAUUAAAAAUAAGGAAAAAAUCAUUUAACAAAAUAUGUCAAUAGCAACGGCAUUUUCUAGGUUAUGCCUUCAAUCGACUUAUUGCCGUUCCUUUUCGACCACCUCAAUAGCCGCCCUGCGGAUCACUCCCAUUUUAUAUGCAGAACCACUGAAAAAGAGAAGAAAAAUCGAUCCUGCGGUGGUAAAGGCGCGCGAAGACAGGAGACGUAAGAAAAUUGAAAAGCAAAUCCGGCGAUUGGAAAAGAAUGCUAGACAAUUGAAGCCAAUCGAUGAAUUAGAAGUUCCAAUGACAUUGAUCGACGAAAAGGAUAAGCGAACUCGACCACCACCAAAAUUAACGCCCGAAAUACUGGAACAGAGAGCACUGCUGGAAAAGCGAUGGAAUUUGUACAGAAUGCAAGAAAAGCAACGAGACUAUCAACAAAUCGACAAAUUGUUGAAUGCACAGGAGAAGGCGCUACAAGAACUGCGUUUCGAAUCGGUGGCUUUGUACGAGCAGGCGAUUCAGCCGGAUACAAAUUUGGUUCCAUUUCAUGCGGAAGGGCCGACAGCAACACCGCCAAUCGAUAAAUAUGAUAGUCCCGAUGGUGAAUAUACGAACAUUAGCAAGAAAUGGGACUAGAGACGUGACCAUGUCUAAGUCUAUUGUACACACAAGAUUGUACCAUGUAGUAUGAGACGUUGGAAAUAAAGUGCCAUUUGGUAUCGAACGUCAGCGGUCGUCCUUUAACACUUGUAAACGUUGAUUUAAUGAAAUGAUUAAA